GCCACGUCGCCCCUCUUUCGCCAUAUUUCGUGGAGGAAUGCUCUGGAGGAGAGCGGCAUUGAGCCGGUUCACAGCUAUCGCACUCAUCCCGAGCUCUGUUUCACGCCACUAAACCCAGCCAGAGAGAGAAAGGCAUCAUGAAUAUCUUUAGGCUGACUGGAGAUCUGUCUCAUCUAGCUGCCAUCAUCAUCCUCCUGCUUAAGAUAUGGAAGAGCAGGUCCUGCGCAGGAAUUUCUGGGAAGAGCCAGAUACUCUUUGCCUUGGUGUUCACCACGCGGUACCUGGAUCUCCUGACGUCCUUCAUUUCUCUUUACAACACUUGCAUGAAGGUAAUCUACAUCGGAUGUGCCUAUGCCACAGUCUACCUGAUCUACGCCAAGUUCAGGGCGACUUACGAUGGAAACCACGACACUUUCAGAGUUGAGUUUCUGGUGGUUCCAGUGGGAGGUCUGGCCUUUCUGGUCAACCACGACUUCUCCCCUUUGGAGAUUCUUUGGACCUUUUCCAUCUACCUUGAGUCUGUGGCUAUCCUGCCUCAGCUGUUCAUGAUUAGCAAGACCGGCGAGGCCGAGACCAUCACUACCCACUAUCUGUUCUGCCUGGGGGUCUACCGUGCCCUCUACCUCUUCAACUGGAUCUGGAGGUUCUACUUCGAGGGCUUCUUUGACAUGAUCGCUAUCGUGGCUGGGGUCGUCCAGACUAUCCUCUAUUGUGACUUCUUCUACCUUUACAUUACAAAAGUGCUGAAAGGAAAGAAGCUGAGUCUACCAGCCUAAGUGCCAAAGAACAGAGAGCUGUGUCUCCAUCAGACUUAUAGAGGGGCACAAGCCAAUGAUGCCACCGCAAGAUGCCCAAGACAAAGAACGCAUAACGCCAGUUCAAUCACUGAUUUAUUUCUCUCCGCCUGGACGCUAACCAUCCCCUUACAGAAACGAGGACGUUUUUGCAAACUUUUCUUCUGUCUUUAGCAUCUUGCAAUGCGUUUUUUUUUUUUUAUUGCUAUUGAAAAGAAAAAGAAGAAAAAAAAAAACAACUUUUCUAUAUGCAAGGUGUAUUGAAAUAUUGAACAGUGCAUUGUACACAUUAACAGUUAAAUGCGUCAUUGUAAAUUUUGUCCUUGAUUGGAAAUAGUUCCCAGAGUCGGAUAAUUUUGCGGUUCUUUCCUGAUUUAAGAGGGGGGGAAAAGUGAAAUGUGUGUGUGUGUGUGUUCAUGAAUUCAAAUUAUUACAUCCCAUUCUUUAUUUCCCCAAAUUGUACAGAUGGUAAAAUCAUCCUUUGCUUCGGUGAACAGUUUUGCCGCCACUGAAAAUUUUCGAAAAAAGAAAGUCCUUUUCAUUUAGUUUCCACACAAAUGCCUUAUUUGUAUUUCAGUUCAUGUACAGAACCAUUUUUGUCGAUGCCCCCAAAGCAACAAGUCAACUGUAAAUAAGAGAGCACUUCGUGUUUCAUUGAGCGCGGUCCUCUUUCGUUUGACCCAUAUCAUUUUUAAGGAUGAUACCAGCUGCUUUAAACAUUCGGUGAUUACCUGCAAACGUCAGCUUGUUGAAAUGCAGUAAUUUGUGGUAAGACCAUUAAAUCUAGUGCUGUGGAUUCAGUCAAAGCACAUUUUGGAGUGAGUUUUGUAGAAUAGAAUUAUUAUUAUUAUUUUUUUUUUUUUUUAACGGACUACAACUUGUUUUCUUUACGUUUAACAUCCCCCAAUGUUUUCCCCUCUCGAGUCAUUCCUGUAGGGUUUACAGUUAUUUUUCUAGUUUUUACAUGUCUUCAAUAAAUAUUUUAAGGGA